AUGUUUUCUUCAAUUAAACGGAUCGUUUGUAACAAUUCUCGUCUUUCUAUUCAUAACAUAUCAUCCAAUUUUACUUUUCGUUGUCUUCCUACUCUAGUGAUCACAAGAAAGAAUUCUUCUAUUGGUCAUUCUAUGACACAUCUUGAUACUCAAUCUAAUGUUUUUGAUGUUCUGCAAGAUUCCACAGAACAUGAUUCCAGUUUGCCUUCCUUUAUGGUUGGUUAUAAGAAUGGAUUUUUACCGAGACAGGAACCCUUAGUUCGUUUGCCCGACAAAUUUCAUGAUCUUGAACUUCUUUUACAAAAGAUGCCAAUUCGUCUACAAAAUGGCGAACAAGGUUUACUAGCAAAAGGUGAACUAGGUGAAGCUGUUAAAGAUUUGCCAUUAUAUGAUGUUAAUACUAUUACAGAUCAAAGACUUUUAUCUGCAUUAUUUCGAGAUUAUACUUUCUUAGCAUCUGCCUAUUUGCUUGAACCAUGCGAUAUCAUGUUCAGAGAGAAAAAAGAUUAUGGAUUAGGUCGACAAAUAUUACCAAAAAAUAUCGCCGUACCAUUAAAUAACGUUGCCAAAAAACUUUAUGCUUUUCCGUUCAUGGAAUAUAAUCUUUCAUACAGUUUAUACAAUUAUCAACGCGUGAAUCCUUCUUUGCCCUUAAUCUAUCCUAAUUUGAACCUUAUUCGUGCCUUCGCUGGUACACCUUCUGAACGUGGAUUUAUCCUUGUUCACGUAGCAAUGGUUGCUCAUAGUGGAAGAUUAGUUCAAUGGACAAUGGAAACACUCAAUUCGGUAGAACAACAAAAUCGUUUGAAUUUCAAUAACGCGCUUAGGAAUUUAAAUGAUACAAUGUUUUUAAUAAAUCGAGAAAUGGAAACUAUGUGGAAAAGAUCAAAUCCAGAUGAUUAUGUAAAAUUCCGUACUUUUAUAAUGGGUUCCAAGAAUCAACCGAUGUUCCCAAAUGGUGUUAUUUAUGAAGGCGUAAGCGAUGCACCUUUAUUUUAUCGAGGAGAGUCUGGUGCAAAUGACUCUAUGAUUCCAUGCAUGGACAACUUAUUACAAUUAACAACAAAAAUGCCAAAUAAUCCUUUAACUGAAGUUUUAAAAGAUUUUCGAAAAUAUCGUCCUACAAAUCAUAAAGAAUUUUUAGAUUAUGUUCAACGUCGUGCCAAUAAAGUUAAUGUUAGAGGAUAUGCCAUUCAGGACGCAAAUAGUGCAAUAACAUGGCUUCCUAAUCAAUUAAAUACUGUCCUUGCAGAAAUGAUACAAGUUGGCCAAACAAUUGAUUGUUCUCAACUAACUUCCGAAAAUAAGAUUAAGUUUGAUGAAAUUUUGAAUAGAGCUUCUACACAAGAACGAAUUUUAAAACGUGAAGUUGAAUUUUUAAAGGAUUUAUUUGGAGAUAGUCAAAAUAAUGUUUGA